GUACUUGACUCGAAACCGACCCGAAAUUAAUUUAAUGGUUUAAAUUUUCAAAACACUACACAGUACACAAAUACACAAUGGUACCAUCAUUUCUCCCUCCUUAUUCCUCUGUUCUUCUAUCACUCCCACGCCCAACAGCACCUUCUUCCCUAACAAGGAGAGAUAAUAUUCAGAAAUUUGCCAGCUUAGAUGGGUGGUACUACUGGUACAGUACUUCAGUUUUAUCUAAUGGCUGAAAAAUUCACCUGUAAAGUUUCAGUUUUUUCUAGCAUGCAUUAUAAAUUCAUAGUCUUACUCCAAUACUCCUACUUCCUCCCAAAAAAUUAGAGGAAGGGAUAAUUGGUGAAAUACAAGAAACUUAAUUGCAUGCAAUCUUUGGUUAAUUUUGAUUAAGCAAUCCAAAAGUGCCCAUUUCAAUUUGGACAGCAAAAGGCUCUGAAGGUAAAGAGGAAAAUGGAUUCGAGUGCUUCUGGUUCUGAUCACAAUCGUGAACGAACUCCUAUGUCAAGGCCUGGAUUUGGAGUAAAAGGCAACAAAAUAUCACUUUGUACUAAUCACUUCAGAGUAGAGCUUGCUGAUUCUGCUGGCUACUUCUUUCACUACUCUGUUUCAAUUUAUAACAAAGAUGGCCGACCUGCUGAAGGGAAAGGUAUUGGAAGGACAAUAAUGGACAAAAUCCGUGAAAUUUAUAAAUUUGAUCUGGAUGGAAAGGACUUUGCUUAUGAUGGUGAGAAAUCUUUAUUCAUGUGGGGUGCCCUUCCAAGGAAAGAGCUGGACUUCACUGUUGUUUUGGACAAGAUUUCAUUAAAAAGUAAUGGUGAUAAUAGCAGCUUUAAUGGAAGUGGAAGCCUUACUCAGGGUGGUGGAAAGAGGCAAAAGUGCGUGUUUCAGACAAGGACAUUCAGAGUAGUGAUGAAGUAUGUAGGAAAAUAUCCGUUUAGUGUUAUUUCUGACAUGCUACGUGGAAGACAUUCUGAGAAGGUUCAUGAAGUCAUCAAGGUGCUAGAUGUUGUCUUAAGGCAACAUGCUGCAAAAAAGAGCUGCCUUAUUGUCAAGCAAUCAUUUUAUCAUGACGAUCCAAAGAACUUCACUGAUAUUGGAAAGGGUGUCUUUGGAUGUAAAGGUCUUCACUCAAGUUUUUGUCCUACUCAGAAUGGAUUGACUCUUAACAUGGAUAUGUCCCUGACCACAGUUCUGAAGCCUGGUCCUGUGCUUGAUUUUCUAGUAGCCAACCAGAAUGUCAAAAAUACAUCUUGCAUCGAUUGGUCAAAGGCUAGACGUGUGCUGAAGAAUUUGAAGAUAAAAAUUUUCCCAUCUAAUAGAGAGAGUAGAAUCACCGGAUUGAGUGAGUACAUAUGUAAAAAGCAGAGGUUUUUGCUAAGGAAUAGAGGAUUAAAAAAUGAUAAUCAAGAGGUGCAAGUGACAGUCUAUGAUUAUUUUGUUAAGCAUAAGAAGAUGCACCUUCAAUAUUCUGGUGACUUCCCUUGUAUUAACAUUGGCAAAACAAAAUCAAAGUUCUACCCCAUUGAGCUAUGCUCUUUGCUUCCCCUACAGCGAUACACUAAAGAGCUUUCUCUCCCUCAAAGAUUGAUGCUUAUUGAAUCCUCAAGGCAGAGGCCGCUAGAAAAAAUGACAAUGUUGACAGAGGCUCGGAAAACCAAUAAAUAUGCAACUGAGACAAUGCUGCAGUCUUGUGGUGUUUCAAUUGCUAGCACUUUUACUCAAGUUGAAGGCCGUGUUUUGGCAGCCCCAAAGCUAAUAGUAGGACGAGGAGAAGAAGUUGUUCCUCGAGCUGGCUGCUGGAACCUAAAUGGCAAGAUGCUAGCUGAGCCUAUGAGUGUUCAUAGUUGGGCAGUGGUGAGUUUCAGAUCAAGCUUUGAUCCAAGUAUGGUCUGUACUUAUUUUGCUAAGUCUGGUGAAAUGAUGGGAAUUUCUGUUAAGCCUCCAAUUUGCAUUAUUGAGGAGAACAAAUCUUAUAGACAAGCACCACCUGCCAUUAGAGUGGAGAAGAUACUUGAACAAUUGGACUUGAAGCUGAAGCCAUUGAAAGCACAAUCAAAUAAAAAAAAGACGUUGCCAGAUUUCAUACUUUGCCUUCUGCCUAAUAAAAAUUCCGACAUAUAUGGUCCAUGGAAAAGGAAGACUCUUAUAGAGCUUGGGAUUUCAAAUCAAUGCAUUUCAUCAAGUAAACUUGACAUGCAAUAUUUUACUAGUCUCCUGCUGAAGAUCAAUGCCAAACUUGGUGGUUUGCACUCUCGACUAGCAAUUGAAUGGAAUUCUCCUGUUCUCUCUAAGAAGCCAACCAUAAUUUUUGGUAUGGAUGUAUGUCAUGGAUCUACAGGACUACAUGAUUUUCCAUCCAUUGCUUCUGUAGUAAGUUCGAGAUGUUGGCCAUCAAUGUCUCAUUACAGGGCAUCAGUUCGUUCUCAGUCAUCCAAGGCUGAAAUUAUAGAGUCUCUUUUUAAGCCCAUGCCUGGCAAUGGUGACAAAGACGAAGGCAUGAUCAGGGAGUUAUUAUUGGAUUUUUUUUCAACCUCAGGCAAAGUGAAGCCUUCACAUGUUAUAAUAUUCAGGGAUGGAGUUUCCGAGGGUCAGUUCAAACAAGUCUUGAAUGUAGAGUUCCAUCAAAUCUUGGAGGCAUGUAAGCUUCUUGAUUCAGAUUGGCACCCAAAGUUUACCAUAAUUAUCGCGCAGAAAAGGCAUCAUACAAAAUUCUUUCAAUCUAGGCAACAACAUCAAAAUGUUCCUCCUGGAACUGUGGUCGAUAGCAAAAUUUGCCAUCCUCAUUACUAUGAUUUUUACAUGUGCCCGCAUGCUGCAUAUGCUGGUACAGCGAGGCCGAUACAUUACCAUGUCUUGCUGGAUGAGAUAGGAAUUUCAUCUGAUGAGCUGCAAGAGUUGGUUCAUUCUCUGUCUUAUGUGUACCAAAAAUGCACGAAGGCCAUAUCUAUCGUUACUCCAAUCAGAUAUGCACACCUAGCGGCCAGUAAAGCGUCACAAAUUUUGACUUCAGAAGUGUUUUCAAAUCAUACAGAGGCUCAAGCACCUGAGCUACCCAAGCUGCAUAAGGAAGUUUGUGAAUCCAUGUUCUUCUGUUAAAUCUUUAUUAGCAGGUCGAAAACUUGGCUAUGAGACUACUUGCAUCGUAGAGUUGUUGCUGCUGCUGAAGUGCUGAAUUAUCAAACUGCCAGUUUCUAGCUUAUCUAGCCUAGAAUAUAUUCCUAGUGUUGCAACUUGUUACAGGUAUAAGCAUUACAUACUGUUAGUCUGUAGUUAUGUAUAUUACGUAAAUGUGUGAAAAUUAAUGGUGGCUGUAUACUGUUAAGUCAGCCUAGUCACGGCUUUAGAGAUGUCAUCGAUGUAUAUUACGUAAAUGUGUGAAAAUUAAUGGUGGCUGUAUACUGUAUACUGUUAAGUUAUACACACCCAUGUAACACAAAAGUGAUCAUAUAUGUAAAUGUGUAAUUGUCACUUCAA